AUGUCUUUAAGUGAAACCGGGCAUGGAAGGAAAGCAGUGGUGAUUAGGUUUGCCAAUGAUACCAUAGCAGACUUACAAUUGGAUAUCACUAAUAUAGAUCCUACAUUAGUUACUACAUCAUGGUUAAGGAGGAUGUGUCGUCAAUUGAAACCGACAGAGACUCGUGGUAAGCGGUUACGAUUCAUUAAAAAUGGUAGACCGUUAAAUUCUCAUUCUGAUCUUGGCAUCGAAAGCUUCAAGGAUAACCCAAAUAUCACAGAGAUGUACAUUCAUGGUAUAAUAGGAGCAGGUUUGACUGCGGAAGAGCUGAUAAACGAAGAUAAUCUUGAUGAUGAUUUUUCUAAUACGAAUGAAAACGGUACAACACAGGCCAUUGGCUUCGAUAGGUUACGCAGCGUGGGUUUUUCCGAACAGGAGAUUGAUUUGCUACGUCAGCAGUUUCUAGCCACUUAUGGAGAUUUAGAAACAAUGCCUAACCAGCAGCAGCGAGAUAUUAGACAGCUAGAAGAACAAUGGAUGGAGACCGGAGUCAACGAUCCACAGGGACAGCAAUUUAACUCCAUUGGAAUAGCUAAUUGGAAAAGCAACAUGGACCUCUUGAUUGGAUUAAGUAUAGGGUCCUUGUUGGGCGUUUUCAGUCUAUUACUAUUAAAACAGCAGGGUUUAUUCUCGCAGCGCCAAAAGAUGUCGAUAGUAGCAGGUCUAAUAUUCAACAUUGCUUGGUGGAUACGUUCCUUUUAG